AAAUCUGCGUGAGCUGAAGUACGCGACAUCAUUGCCGGAGAGCAGAGUUCGGAAAGCCGAAGGUCAUUUCUACUAGGAAGGGUGCGAAGGCAGGCUCGACUCAGAACUUUGGAUUUUAGUUGCGCGCGACUUCGGUGUUGAAGAUGUCGACUCCAACUCCAGAGCCAGACAUGUCGCGGAACCGACUGCCAACGCUGUUUGAGGUGCUCAGUCGACGAACAGCCGCGCCCGUGGACCUCUUCUCAUUCUAUAUUUUUAUGCGCGAUCAACAGCGAUCUGUCGAUUACCUGGACUUUUGGUUGGACGUCUCGCAACAUCUGUCUCUCUGUCGCCAUUAUGUCCGAACUCUCCACAGGUCCAUCAUCGAUCAAACCCCAGAUAAAAUUGGAUCGAGACGAUCGUCACAAGUUCUCGAGGAUGUAGGUCUCGCUGGUCCAUCAGGAGACAAGGGUGAGAAGGACUACAAGCGGACGCCCGAGCAACGCCUCUCCGCCUUUCUACGCGAGAACAAUGAAGGCUCAAGUGUGAGGAAACACUCCCCGGCGACCAGUCAAGAUACGACUGGAACUAGCCGUUCUGAGCGCCGACGACAUAGCUUCAUGACUUCUGCCGAUGGCUCGCCGUUCCACGACUCUUCGCCCGAGCAAGGUGGCAGCCAAAUCUCUCGUAGCGACAUUCGCGCUUCAGCUGAAAAAAUUCUCUACACGUACUUGCUCCCUGGAUCGGAACGGGAGAUCAUUCUGCCACAGUCUAUUCUCAACGAUGUCACAGACGCCAUUGAAGGACCAGAUCAGCGCAGUGACCCAGAGCUGUUUGAUUCCGCGAGGGAUUAUGUUUUCCAAGCUAUGGAGCGUGACGCUUUUCCAGGAUUUCUACGUGCCAAAGCCUUGGGCAAUAUUGUUCCGUCGAGCAUGUUCUUCCGUGUCAUUUUUGGACUGGUGUGCAUGUUUGCUGGUUUCUGGACUGCAUUCAUCCUUAUAUUCUUAAACUAUCACCACGCUACCCGUGCGUGGAUAAUAAUUCCCUUUUCGUUGGGCGUUUACAUGCUCUUUACUCAUCAGUACACUCUCGAUCCAAUACUCGUCUUCGCUGGAUACAGCGAGUACACACUCAUGUCUUUCUCGAAGAUCAAGGAACCCUUCGUGAAGAAACUUUUGCUGAAGCGGUCAUACAUGGUCUUCGCUGAAGUCGUCCUCGUCACCGCAGCUAUAUGCUGUCUUUUCAUUUUUGUACCAGGAAAGAGGCUUUAGGUAGCAACCAGAUCUGAACGAUCACUUUCUUAAGUUUGGUAGGCGUUCGGGAUAUUUGCAGCGGAUGAAUUGUAAGGCGUAUUGGGGACAAUACCAGGUGGUGCGACAAUCACAACGCUUUGUUUUGACAUUAAAAAGACAUGCUAUUAAUCGACUUCUUUACCCGCAUGAAGACCCUAACUC